CUCUAUGUACUUUUGGUAUUAAUUACUUUCUUCUCGCAUACAUUGUUUGUGUGUAGAAAAUUAAAAACGUUCUUUCCAAAAAAUACGCGAUAAAAUACUUUCCAAUCAAUAUGAUUAUUCCCGUGAGAUGUUUUACUUGUGGAAAAGUGAUCGGAAACAAAUGGGAAGCUUAUCUUGGAUUGUUACAAGCAGAGUAUACUGAAGGAGAUGCUCUCGAUGCAUUGGGUUUAAAACGAUAUUGCUGUCGCAGAAUGCUACUUGGACACGUGGAUCUUAUUGAAAAACUUCUCAAUUAUGCACCUUUAGAAAAAUAAAUCCUAUCAUUAGGUAUAGUUUUAUCAAUUUGAGAAUAUCUAUUUUUAUAUCAUUUUUGUAUUGUUAAAUAUUUAAUGAACGUGCUGAAAAUAAUUCAUGAAAAUGCGAAAAAAAAAUAAGAAAAGAAGAAGAAGAAGAAGAAAAAGAAGAAGGGAAAUAUUUGAUGGAAGGUAGCUCAUGCAAAUGAUUCAUUUCUAUUUGUGCAGCUAGUGCAUUAUGUAUUUUAGAAUAAUCAUUAGGAUAACAGAAAUUAUUAUACAAAAUUUGUUUCAUAAAAUAGUUGCAUUAUAUUCGUCUAAAAGUUUUUCAAGUUAAAUUAAAUUUGAGGAUUCUCUUGUAAUAAUUUCAUUCAUGAUUCAUUCUUUUAUCUUAAUACAUAUCAAUAUUAAAUGCAAUAUAAAAAAGUUAGAAAAAAGUUAUAUUCCAAGAGAGGAUGUUUAUCUUUGAAAUAGUCAUUUGAAAUAUUUUCAUUACACAUAUUGUAGAAUAAAUUGAUAUGAAAAUAUUAACAAU